AUGGAUACUUUUGAUCUUGAGGAGUUUGUUGAGAAUCCAUCCGUGAAAAUGUUGAAAGACUGUGUUCUACGAAAGGAUGAUUGGAUGAAACUUGCUGAUACAUAUGAAAUUGAGUAUCGACGUAGUCAAAGAACGUCUGAAAUUCAAAGUGCAGUACUAACUGAACGUGUAAAUGAAGAGGUGCUACCGAAGGGGGCACUGACUUUGCGUUCAUUUGACCUCAGGGAAGCUGUAGAGAUCAGAAAGUUAGAAAUGGAGCAUGAGUUGACUUUGAAGGAAAGAGAAGAAAGGGAAAGAGAGCGUGAAAGGCAGCAUGAAUUAGCGUUAGCACAGGUUAGCAGUAGAAGACAAGACUUACAGGCAUUGUCUUUAGAAUCUGAGACAAAAUUGUUUGAUGUGACAAAACAUUUGAGACUUGUGCCUGCUUUUGACGAGGAGGACCCAGAAGCGUUUUUCAUGCAGUUUGAGAAAAUUGCAAAGUCAUUUCAGUGGCCUGAAGAGUCGUGGAUUGCUAUUAUUCAAAGUGUGCUCACUGGGUCAGCUGGUUCAGCAUUUUUGUCUUUGUCAAGUGAAGUUUGUCGUAGUUAUAAGUUAGUGAAAGAAGAAAUUCUUAAGGCAUAUGAACUCAUUCCUGAAACAUAUCGAGUGAAAUUUAGGACUAUGAGAAAGACUGAUGCACAGUCGUAUAUAGAAUUUGGUUAUUCAUUGAGUAAAAUGUGUGGAAGGUGGAUAAAGUCUCGCAAGGUAGAAACUUUUGAGGAACCUGUUGAGUUGAUGAUUUUAGAACAGUUCAAAAGAGCCACUCCAAGAGAUAUACAAUUGUACUUAGGAGAGAGAGAUAUUAGUAAUGUUCAUAAAGCUGCUGCAUUAGCUGAUAGCUAUGCCCUUACUCACAAAAUGCAUCCUGUUAAAUCUCAAAAUCAUUCAGGUGGAAAGGGUUUUGUAAACAAGGAAAAGGGUGGUAGGCAGGAUAGUAGUACUGCUUCUUCUAGUAAAGUAAGUUUUCGCGGAAACUCAGAUGAGCUUUCCAAGACCUAUGCCAAGAGUAAAUCAUUUGUCUGCUUUUACUGUAAGAAACCAGGUCAUGUGAUUGCGAAUUGCCCUAAAUUGGAAGCAAAGAAGGAAGAGCCAGUGCUCUCAUUCGAUCCUCUGGAGAAGUUUGACAAAACUUUAGUGAGAAAUCGCCCAAAGGAGGAUUCUUUUGAGCCCUUCAGGUUUGAUGGUUCAGUUGCAGUUGAAGAAUCAGGUGAUCAGUACCCUGCAAAGAUUUUGCGUGACGCUGGUGCUUCUCACUGUAUUCUGUUGAAAGGAUCUGUUCCCUGCGUGGAAGAUUCCUAUACUGGAGAGCAUUUGGUGCUUAAGGGUGUCGGUGGAGUGAUCACUGUUCCUUUGUGUAGGGUGUUUUUGAGAACUCCACUUAUGACUGGUUGGGUGACUAUUGGUGUUCAAGAUUCUCUUCCUGUGACAGGGGUUACUUUUUUGCUGGGUAAUGAUACUGCAGGAGCCAGCGUGGUGCCAGAUCCUGUGGUAUCUUCGACUCCUACAGAGGAGAAUAAUACUGGUUUAAUUGAAGAAGAAUACCCCGAUUUAUUUCCUUUAUGUGCAGUUACAAGGAACCAGACUCUUCAGAAUAAGGUAAGAUGCCCUAAGCUUUGUAUUGCUGAUAGUAGUGCACCUGGCAAUGAUGAAAAUGAUUUGGGUAUUGUGAAUCUGUUUGACAGUCAGGAUGAUUCAUUUGAUAGUGACAUUGGUGGAUGA